AUGUUCUCAGUCACGGCUGCUCUUCGCCGCAGUGUCGAUUCUUUUUCCUUUGUGCACCUCCGAUGCCCCCUAGCCGUAGCCACCGAAUUGGCGCAGGCUGGCCCGAUGAUGGGAGGUCUCCGGAGACACUCUCUCACGCGUCCCCUCGGGACACCGAGUGACGAACAUGGUAGGCCUUCGUGGGAAAGUGGCGCCCCCUGCAG